AUGACUCCUGGGCUAGUAAACAGCGGUCAACGGAAAGUCCGAGUUAGUGUAUUUGUGAAGUACUACUCCCGCUGGGAUCCAUCGCAGGGCCCAUCAGACCGCAAAUUCAAUGGUUAUCAGAUCGGUGCAUUCCCAGAAAUACGCUUGACAGCGCCAUCCCCAGCCCCGACCUCCGACCAGGUUGAUCCGCUCCGAACAAGCGAUUCUCCCGCAGAGCGCAGCGCCUGUCGCUGUACGUCCCCCCCGGCUCUCUCUCACUGAUUCCGUCCUCCUCUUCCCACUGUGAGAUCCACAUUUUUAAGACUCCC